GGGAUGAGAGCUUUGCGUCGGCAGCACCAGUGCGAGGAGCGUGGAAUGGGUGGCUGGAAGCGUUGCUCGACGCAGGUGAAUGGAUUUAAUCCGGAAUGUAAAUUACAACUGGAAAUCAAAGAAGAAGAGAGAAAAUGUAUGGAUAAAUUAAGCAGACAGAAAACAGAUGGAUUUAAUGGAUGCGGAGGAAUAUGGGAUAACAUAACAUGCUGGGACCCAGCUAAGUUUGGAGAAACGGUAACUCAGCAUUGCCCUUUGGUUUUCCGUCACUUUUUUACCAAACAAGGAAAUCUAAGCAGACGAUGUACAAGGAGAGGUUGGUCCGAUAUAUAUCCCGAUGUUGUGGAUUCCUGUGGAUACAAUGAAAAUGUGACAGCUCAUAAGCUGCAUUUUUAUGUGAUCGUUAAAGCAAUCUACACAUUUGGACACAGCGCCUCACUCAUAGCACUAACAGUAGGGAGUACAAUUCUCUGUCUAUUCAGAAAGCUUCACUGCACAAGGAACUACAUCCAUCUGAAUUUGUUCAUUUCUUUCAUUUUGAAAGCUAUCUCAGUCUUAAUAAAGGAUGACUUUCUCUUCUCCAGCGCGUACCCCUGCCCAGACUCGCUGAUCGGCUGCAAAGUUAUCUUGGUGUUUUUUCAAUACUGCGUAAUGGCGAAUUUCUACUGGCUGCUGGUGGAAGGUCUCUACCUGCACAUGCUUCUGGUGGUUAUUUUCUCUCCCAACAGACAUUUCACGGUAUAUCUGCUGAUCGGAUGGGGCAUGCCUACUAUAUUUAUCAUUAUAUGGGUGGUGUCAAGAAUUUAUUUAGAGGAUACGGGAUGUUGGGAUACAAACGACCGCAGCGUGCCUUGGUGGAUUAUACGGAUACCCAUUAUAAUUUCAAUUAUUGUAAAUUUUUUCUUGUUCAUUAGCAUUAUACGGAUUUUGCUGCAGAAACUAAGAUCACCUGACGUUGGUGGAAAUGAUCAGUCGCAAUUCAAGAGACUUACAAAAUCGACACUCCUACUGAUUCCAUUAUUUGGAGUUCACUACAUGGUGUUUGCCGUUUUCCCGAUUCCCAGUUUCAGUGAAUGUCAGAUUUGGUUUGAAUUAUGUGUUGGAUCAUUCCAGGGACUGGUUGUCACCAUUCUUUACUGCUUUUUAAAUACAGAAGUGCAAGCAGAGUUGAAAAGAAAAUGGCAUAGUUUGUGUUUAAACCGUUACAUCAAUCGAGAUCACAGACUACACAGUUUAUCGAUUUCCCGCAACGGUUCAGAAAGCGUAAUGCAAUUUCAGCGGAACUCGAGGGCCCAAUCGAUCCUGCAAACCGAGACCAUGGUCAUUUAACCCGUACAUGUUGUUAGGAGAUCACAACCGAUGACUCUAUAGACUAUAACAAAUGUACAGACAGCUACGCUGGUUUCCUAUCGGCAAGAAAACAUGACUUUAUCAGGCGAAAUCACGACCUAUUAUCGCUUAGAUGAUCGAUGAACUUUUUAAACGAACCCUGGGGUUUAUUCCCGCAUUGCACUUAAAUGUUGUAUUUCUUUUCUAUCUUACAAAUCUAAAUUAUUUAACAGUAUGUCUUGUGGUAUUUGUUACGUGUUCAACUAUUACGUUCUGAUUCAGGGGUAGGCUGACUUGGUGGAUAGGAGGGCUUUUGGCCCUAAGAGGGCAAGUUAAGCCAAAGUAGCCCCCAUCAUGCCCAUAAGUAACAUAAACAUAAACUAACGCACCAACACACACUUACACACAGAGUAACACACGCACAUAUACUAAUACCACCUUUACUCAUACACCUACCACAGGGUAGGGCUGCGUUACGUGAGCCCACUUAACCCAAGGAGACCACCCCUGUUUGAAGAAGCCCCACUCUACCCACCUAGGCCAGCCUGCCCCU